UCUGAAGUCUGAAGUCUGAACCCCCGUCGAACACGGAACACCUACCGCGCAUCAGAACUCCCAUUUUUAUCCUUCUCUCUCUGCCCAAACCAUAUGCAUAUGCAGUCUUAUUCCUAGAGGAAGCGGAAGCACACGAGCAUGGCGAGAUCAUCUCUCAAACCCUCCUCUCUUCGAUCUCGCCCCCUCCUCUCCUCUUCUCCCCUUUUCCCCGCGAGAGCCCCCUCGUCUCCUCUCCACCACGAUUCGCGAUCCUCGGAAACCCUAGCGUACGACGUGAUCCAACCCUCCGACCAGCGCUUUGACGCCACCGCGUUGGUCCUCCACGGCCUCCUCGGCUCCGGACGCAACUGGAGAACCUUCGCGAGAAAUCUCGCCUCUGAGCUCUCCAAGCGUUCUCCAUCGGAUGAAUGGAGGAUGGUUCUUGCGGAUUUGAGGAACCACGGAAGAUCAGCUGGAAUUAGAGGGUUGGAGCCUCCCCAUGAUAUGGUCAAUGCAGCAAGAGAUUUGGCAAAUCUGGUGAAGAGCCAUGAUUGGAAUUGGCCAGAUGUUGUUAUUGGACAUUCAAUGGGUGGAAAAGUCGCAUUAGAAUUCGCCGCGAGUUGUGCUCGUGGGGACUACGGGGAAUCCGCCAUCUUACCCAAACAGCUUUGGGUGUUAGAUUCAGUCCCUGGAGAAGUGAACUCAGAAGACAGUGAUGGUGAAGUCGAAAAGGUUUUGCUUACUCUCAGCAGUCUUCCUUCGUCUUUUCCAUCACGCAAGUGGGUCGUCGAUCAUAUGCUCUCUCUCGGGUUUUCCAAGUCACUCUCCGAAUGGAUCGGCAGCAACCUAAAGAAAGAAGGUGAACGAGUGACGUGGUCUUUUGAUCUUCACGCCGCUAUUGAGAUGUUCCAAUCUUACCGGAAAAGAAGCUACUGGUCUCUACUUGAGCAUCCUCCAAAGGGCUUGGAGAUUGCGAUUGUGAGGGCAGAAAACAGCGAUAGAUGGCACCCUCACGUACUUCAGAGACUCGAGGCCCUGGCAGCAAAGGAAGAAGUGGCGGAUGAGGGCAAGGUUACGCUUCACGUUCUUCCUAAGUCUGGGCAUUGGGUCCAUGUGGACAACCCUAAGGGACUACUAGAAAUAAUGGUACCUAAUUUCAUCUCAAGUAGUUGAAAUCAAGGCUUUAAAUGUCCGUCGGCACGGGUCAUAUCCACCGUGCUAUAUCAUGCCAGCAAGAUAUCGGCAUGAUACAGUUCUCGUGCCGAUGGCACAGUUCAAAAUCCUCAAUUUUUUAAGAUAGUACGUAAUUUUCUCAAUACAAUUAAAAAUAUUUGAUAAAAAUACAUAAUAAACAGUUGGAGUAUUUUGUUGCUAAAAAAAAUAAGUAGUUCAUACCAUCAUAUCCUGGCAUGCUUGUAUUUUUGGUGAUCGGCAUGCAUCGGCAUAAUCUGGCAUGCACCGUGUUGUACCAUACCAACAAGUUUUCAACAUGAUUCCGUAGCACUGCACUUUAAUCCUUGGUUGAA